AUGGUGAAACUCACAGCGGAACUAAUUGCCAAACAAACGCCCGGUCAUAAUAAACGACGUGCUGAUGAAUCUGUUGAACAUUAUCUUGCUCGACUAACACAUUUGCCAUUUCAAGAUCGAAAUAUCGAUUCAAUAGAAUCCAUACCCCCUUGUCGUCUGUUAACAGUGAUUUAUCUGUAUGACAAUGCACUGACUAAGAUUGAGAAUUUAAACUUCGCGGAAAAUCUGACGCAUCUGUAUCUACAGAAUAAUCGUUUACAAAAGUUAGAAAAUCUUGAUUGUUGUGCAAAAUUACAAAAAUUAUACCUUGGUGGAAAUCAAAUUCAAGUCCUCGAAGGACUUGACAAGAAUCUUCAGAUUAAAGAGAUAUAUAUCGAAAAUCAACGGUUACCUGAAGGCGAAAAGCUCGUUUUCGAACCACGAACUCUCCACUGUCUAUCUCAAGGUCUUGAAAUUCUCAAUGUUAGUGGCAAUAAUCUUGAUUCGUUAACAGAAUUAAGUUGUCUAGACAAACUACAAGAAUUAUCUGCAAGCAAUAAUCGAUUGGAAAAUCUUCGUGAACUUGUUGAACUAUUAAGUAUAUGGCCACGUUUAAAACGACUAGACACUAAUCGGAAUCCGCUCUGCUCAAAAGGACGUUAUCGCGAAAGAUUAAUCGUUGCAUCCACCACUUUGGAAAUGCUUGACGGUAAACAAAUAACAGACAAUUCUCGACAAUUUCUAACCAGUUGGAAAGCAUCACGCGAAGCCGUACAGACUCGUGAACGGUCACGACCGGAUUUUGAUAAUCCAUCAGCAGCUUAUUCGAGUCAUCGUGUCUCCGUGACUCUUCCAUCAAUUGGUACUACUGUGACGCGAGCGCAAUCAAUGACCAUACAUCAAAUGCCAGAACCACGUCGUCAAGGUUUCAUGUCUGAAAGUAGUUCUGCUAAGAAGAGUCAAUUUCAAAUAUCAUUCGGACAGAAUGGUCACCGAAAAUUAACUGCCGGUUCAAAUCGAACGCCUAGUUUUCAUUCAUCUCAAAACUCGAAUCAUCCCGAGCUAACAAUAUCCAGUCACGGCCGAAUGUUCACUGCUCACGGUUCAACAGCUCAACCGGCGUUGAAAUAA